ACUUCCUCUUUAAGCACGAGCUUCGGGGAAAACAACAUCAUAAACCCAGAACGCUCGAACUAUAAGCAAUAACAUCAGUUUAACUACAGCAACACUAUCAAUUAUCGCUUCUACUUCUGAUUAAAUACUUCAACUUCAAUAUUCAACAUGCCGCAGAACGAGCACAUCGAGUUGCACCGCAAGCGCCACGGUUACCGGCUCGACCACCAUGAGCGCAAGAGGAAGAAGGAGAGCCGUGAAGUGCAUGAGCGCUCGCAGAAAGCCAAAAAGCUCAUCGGCCUGAAAGCCAAGCUGUACCACAAACAGAGACAUGCUGAGAAGAUCCAGAUGAAGAAAACCAUUAAGAUGCACGAACAGAGACGAACCAAACAGAAGGAUGACGACAAGACACCAGAAGGGGCAGUUCCAGCUUACCUGCUGGACAGAGAGGGCCAGUCUCGUGCCAAGGUUCUUUCCAACAUGAUCAAACAGAAGAGAAAGGAGAAAGCUGGUAAAUGGGAGGUGCCACUUCCGAAAGUGCGCGCUCAGGGCGAGACAGAGGUCCUCAAAGUCGUCCGCACCGGAAAGAGGCAGAAGAAGGCAUGGAAGAGAAUGGUGACCAAAGUUUGCUUCGUAGGAGACGGCUUCACACGCAAUCCGCCAAAAUACGAGCGCUUCAUCAGGCCGAUGGGUCUGAGGUUCAAAAAGGCUCACGUGACUCACCCUGAACUGAAGGCCACAUUCCACCUGCCGAUCUUAGGUGUAAAGAAGAAUCCGUCCUCCCCUCUUUAUACCACACUCGGGGUCAUCACCAAGGGAACAGUUAUCGAGGUUAACAUUAGCGAGCUGGGUUUGGUAACACAGGGCGGCAAGGUUAUCUGGGGUAAAUAUGCCCAGGUGACGAAUAAUCCAGAAAAUGAUGGCUGCAUUAACGCAGUCCUGCUUGUGUAACAUUUAAUGAAUGAACUCUACCUUCAAGUGCUAUUUGAACUGUAACAGCUUUGUAACAUCAUCUUCAAAAUGCUGGAGCGGUGCACUAAUACGAACGUGGAUUUGAACAUGGAUGAUUGGAUGAAGAUAAAGAAGCUCUGUUGUCUCCAGAGAAACAUGUCGAGUGGAUAAAAGGAAAUGUUUCAAAUAAAGAUGUCAUCUUUGGA